AAUAAGCACAUUUUUAUUUAGAAAAAAAAAAUCUGAGACAACUCCAAAGAACGCUUAAUUACAACAGCAAAUAAACUGAAACAGCAAUCAAGACGUCCCUCAGGUGAGCUUUCAAAGGACCACAGAAAGAACACCCACAAUAGACCCUCGCUUUGGGCGACCACUGCCCGCCCCUCAGCGCCGCCGAGUGGGGCAGGCGGCUAGGUCGGAGCUCCGUUAAGGCCCCACUAGAACGCUAUACGCACCCGAGCAAACUCAGGCGCACAGGCCACCACUGCACACUUACUAAAUGGUUUUUUUUUCCUGAAAAGGCCCGCAGCUGCAUAAAAUCUUCAAACACAAACUCUCAAGAGAAACCAGCAAAAGACAAGCCCGCAUAAUCACCGUUAGCUCGGUACUUCCCCGGGCCUGCCCCAACCCAGGAGCUGGAGACACCUUCCCGCCUCACUGUAGGCCCACGCCUCCUGCCAGGCCAGGAUCCCGGACCCCGCCGCCCGCACCGCCCCUGGGCAACUCAUGGCUCUCGACUCUGCCACCAACCGAAGCAAGCACCCAACCCCGCACCGUGCGCAGCCCCGGCCCGUCCUUCCUGGGCGGGCUCCGCAAGCCCGAAGCAGCGCCUGAUGCCCCGUCCCGCCCGCGGCCAGCCUCUCGCGGGGAGGUCCCGGGACCAGGUAAGCCCAGCACGCCUGCGCGCACUCCCAGGUCGGCCGCGGUCUCCAUCCGGGUACUCAGCGGCCUGGCCGGGCUGGGGGGGUUCAUUGUGCGUGCGGCUGCCGCGCUCAGUCGUUCUAAAAUGGCCGCCGCCUCGUCUCCCGCUGCUGCGGGGGCUCCGGCGGCAGUCGCCGCUCCGGCGGUGGUGGCGCUGCCCCUCACUGAGAGCAAGAAGAUUACCGACCUGCGGGUCAUCGAUCUCAAGUCAGAACUGAAGCGACGCAACCUGGACAUCACUGGGGUGAAGACCGUGCUCAUAUCCCGGCUCAAGCAGGCUAUUGAAGAGGAAGGAGGCGAUCCAGAUAAUAUUGAAAUAACUGUUUCAGCUGAUACACCCGCCAAGAAACCAUCUAAAGGCAAAGGUAGAAAGCAGGAAACUGAUGAAUUAACUGGCGAUGCGUCAGUUGAAGAGGAGUCUUUUGUCAACGUAGUAAAAGAAAGUGAAUUGGAGACUCAAGAUGCAAGUGAUCAAGAUGGAAAUGAUGAAUUGAAAGACUUUAAAGAAUCUGUUGAAAAUGAAAACUUGAAUUCUAAAGAACUACCAUCUGCAGAAAAGAAAAGAUACCACAACUUGGAGCCAGCAGAGACUACAGAAGAUGCAGAAAAGGAUUCUGAAAAUCAGGAUAAUGAAGGGCAAGACAUAGAAGACUACCCUUUUCCAGCUGUCCAUGAUGGCGAAGAUGAAGAAAAUGAGAAAGAUAAAGCAGGUUCUGGUGAUGGUACACAAGAAGUAUCUAAACCUCUUCCUUCAGAAGAAAGCCUAGCUGAGGCUGAUCACACGGCUCAUGAAGAGAUGGAAGCUAACACCUCUGUGAAAGAAGCUGAGGAUGAUAACAUAUCGGUUACAAUCCAGGCUGAAGAUGCCAUCACUCUGGAUUUUGAUGGUGAUGACCUCCUAGAAACAGGUAAAAAUGUGAAAAUUACAGAUUCUGAAGCAAGUAAGCCAAAGGAUGGGCAGGAUACCAUUUCACAGAGCCUGGAGAAGGAAAGCAAGGACUAUGAGAUGACUGAGAACCAUAAAGAUGGUAAGAAGGAAGACUGCGUGAAGGGUGAUCCUGUCAAGAAGGAAGCCAGAGAAGGUUCAAAGAAAGCAGAAUCUGGAGACAAAGAAAAGGAUACUUUGAAGAAAGGUCCCUCGUCUACUGGGGCCUCUGGUCAAGCAAAGAGCUCUGCUAAGGAAUCUAAAGAAAGCAAGACAACAUCAAAGGAUGAUAAAGGAAGUGCAAGCAGUGUUAGUGGUAGCAGUGGAAGUUCAACUAGAAACCUGUGGGUUAGCGGACUGUCUUCCAACACAAAAGCAGCUGACUUGAAAAAUCUCUUUGGCAAAUAUGGAAAGGUACUUGGUGCAAAGGUGGUCACAAAUGCACGAAGCCCAGGGGCAAAAUGUUACGGCAUAGUAACAAUGUCUUCUAGCACAGAAGUUGCUAGAUGUAUUGCACACCUUCAUCGAACAGAGCUGCAUGGACAACAAAUUUCUGUUGAGAAAGUGAAAGGUGAUCCUUCCAAAAAAGAAUUGAAGAAGGAAUGCGAUGAGAAAUCUAGUUCAAGUAGAAGCACAGGAGAUAAGAAGACUACAUCAAGUGAUAAAGCCAGCAAAACUCCCUCAACCAAAAAAGAAGAAAAGAAGUCCGAGAAAUCCGAAAAAAAGGAAAGUAAAGAAGCCAAGAAAACAGAAGGUGGUAAAAGCCCAGGUCAAAUUGUAAUUUUAGACCAAACAAAGGGAGACCAAGGCCACACUAGGACAGUUAGAAGGGGAAGGUUUGAUAAACCACAGAUAUUGAGGAACAAAGAACGUAUCAUUCAAGAUAAAGUGAAAUUCAGGGAAUACACAAGUAGAAAGGAUAUCUUGCCUUUUGAAAAGAUGAAGGAACAGAGAUUGAGAGAACACAUGGUUCGACUGGAACGAAUACGACGAGCUGUUCAACUCCGAAGGCGAAGAGAAAUUGCAGAGAGGGAGCGUCGUGAGAGAGAACGCAUACGAAUAAUGCACGAACGAGAAGAAUGCUUGCAGAGAGAAAGGGAACGACUAGAAAUUGAAAGGCAAAAACUAGAGAGGGAAAGGAUGGAACGAGAGCGUUUGGAAAGAGAGCGUGUUCGUAUCGAACAGGAACGUCGAAAAGAAGCAGAGCGUAUUGCUCGUGAAAGGGAAGAACUUCGUCGGCAACAACAGCAGCUGCGUUACGAACAGGAGAAGAGAAAUUCUCUGAAACGUCCCCGUGAUGUAGAUCACAGGAGAGAUGAUCCUUACUGGAGUGAGAAUAAGAAGAUGUCUCUUGAUACAGAUGCACGUUUUAGUCAUGGUUCAGAUUAUAGUCGUCAGCAGAACAGGUUUAAUGAUUUUGAUCACAGAGAGCGGGGCCGAUAUCCAGAAGGUUCUGUUCCAUCAUCAUCUUUUGAUAGGCGAGAACGCUUCGUAAAUCAAGGUGAAGCAAAAAAGACUCGCCCAACAGCACGAAGAGAAGAUCCGGGGUUUGAGAGAUAUCCUAAGAACUUCAGUGACUCCAGAAGAAAUGAACCACCCCAACCACGAAGUGAACUUCGAGAUACAGACAGACGAGAAGUGCGAGGAGACAGAGAUGAAAGAAGAACAGUGAUAAUUCAUGACAGGCCUGAAAUACCACAUGGUCGACAUCCAAGAGAGCCUGGUUCAAAUCCACCUAGACAAACAAAUUGGAAGAGUGAGGGAAGCAUAAACACAGACAAACGGGAUGGCAGCAAUUUUUACAGAGGUGAGAGGCCAGAUCGAUCAGGAAGAGAAGUGUCCGGACACGUGAGAGGUGCACCUCCUGGUAGCCGUAGCAGUGCUUCGGGGUAUGGAAGCAGAGAUGGAGACCGAGGUGUGAUGGGAGAAAGAGGUGGAGGACAACACUACAGUGAGGACAGACACGUUGUUGAACGCCACAGUCGUGAAACUGGACCAAGAAAAGAAUGGCAUGGACCUAGUUCUCAAGGAAGUGGAUAUCACGACACAAGGAGAAUGGGGGAUGGUCGUGGAGGUGGCAUGAUGUCUCCACAUACAAGUAACUCUUCACCGAUCAAUAGAGUUGUACAGAUCACAGGCAAUUCCAUGCAGAGGGGAAGUGGCUCAGGAUUUAAGCCAUUUAAAGGUGGACCUCCACGAAGAUUCUAAGAUCUACAGCUGCUUGGUUUCAAGAUAACUUAUUGAAAUUUCUUGUAAACUUUCUCUGAUUAAAAACAGGAAAUCUUGUCUGGAAGCCCUGGUUCUUUUUUUUUUUUUUAAUUUAACAUGAUUGCUUUCCUCUCAAUUUUGGAGGCAUUUUAAUAGUUACGUUGUAAUUUUUGGAUAGUUUUUGUGUAUCUUUGAUAAGCAUUUUCCCUGAGGCACAAGAGCUGUGUACAAACAAAUUGGAACCAAAAUAUUUGUUAAUCCUGUAUAAAAUAAUAGUUUGCAGCUAUGUACUAGUAGUUUGAUUUACCAACAUUAGCUCUGUGGUGUCACGCUUCAAAGUUAGCUACUUCUCACAACAUACACAACUAUAACCUCCAUUUGGAAGGUUGUCCAAGCUAUGAUCUCUGCUUUUUAAUUUGUAGAGAAAUACAAUUGUUCUUUCAUUAUUGGGUAUUCUGUAACCUAUUUUUGCAGAAGGUACUGUUACAUUGAGUGCAUUUAUGUGUAUUCUUGCAAAUGUAUUCUUUUGAAAUAAACCUUCGUAUUCUGUAUAGCUUCUAGUAAGUGUUUCAAACAGUCUUUGGGGAAGGCAGGCAGAACUAAACAGACAUGUUGGUAUAGCAAAUUAAAACAUGGGUGCUAUUAGCUUCCAUCUAAAACUUCAAUUGGCUCUGUCACAAUUAUUAAAUGGAAAUCUAGACAGACAUUUGAUCAGCACUAUGAAACAAAAGUACCAAAGAACAAAACACUCAGGGGAGGCCUGAACAAAUAAUUUUAUAGCUUGCUCUUUGUGUUUAGCAAAGCUCUGGCAGAACUUUGAUGCACAUUUUUUUUUAAACCAGACCUUUGUAUAUAGCAUUUGGAGAAUCCAGUAUAUAAAGUCUUGUUCAGCUACACCUACAGCUGUUCAUAGAUGUGGCCUCAAGGGAUAUGUAUUUUUAAACCUUUUGGGUUUGUUUAAUACUGAAGGGCUUUUGUUAAAUCUUUCUUGACCAGGCCCAGUUAGUCCAGCUGCCUACCAUUUUUCAGGCUCAUCUAUCAUCCAGUCAGAAAAAGUCUAUAGUUAGAAUGCUGUUGUUCAGCAAGGGGGAAAAAAAAGAGGUGGGUUGUAGAUGUGGAGCAAAUCUAAUUCCCCUAUACAGCUGUAAGAGGUGGAAGCUUUUACUGGUCCAGAUUGUCUUAUAAAUAAUGAUUUAAGGCAAGAACCAGUAAGAACAUGUAGUUCUUGCACAUUAUAUUCUGUUUGCUGUGUAAAAGAAUAGAUAAGUAUCUGCAGUGUUCCAGAGGAAUUAAGUACCAGAAAAUGCAUUAAAGUAAGUUGGUUUUGAGUAAGUACCUUCAGGAAAGAUGGGAAAAAGAGGGAAACCUGGUUUAACAGCACUUGUGUAAUUAAUGGUUUGUGAAUAAUAAUCAGAACAGAUAAAUAAAUACGUAAGUUUAAACAAAA